AUGGAGCUUUGGAAUACAUAUUCUGGUAAAUUUGACGAUCUAGUUCUAAGAUGCAUUUGUCUUGGUUACGCAGAAACAAAGACCAUUCUUCGAUCAAUCAGCUUUAAUGACAAUGACUCGGAUUCUACCAUCACUGAAUCACCUGAAACCAGAAAGACACUAUACAACAGAUCCCUUAGUGUUAAAGGGACUCAACUAUCCAAAAUUUCUACAGGAGAUGUGGAGAACACCUUUUCUGGAAAACCUUUGACUUUUAUGAAAGAAGAUGACAGAUAUAAAAUGCGAAGAUGGCAACCUUUUUCCGAAAACGAUAUUGGGAAUGAGUUUUUAGCGUUAUUAGGUGACGGAAGAUACCAAGCGGCGUUAAAGUUGCAGAAGGUUUAUAGAAGCUUUCGUACCAGAAGAAGGCUAGCUGAUUGUGCUGUAGUCGUUGAGCAAAGAUGGUGGAAGGUACUUGACUUUGCUGAACUUAAAAGAAGUUCUAUAUCAUUUUUUGAAAUUGAGAAGCAUGAGACUGCAGUCUCACGCUGGUCUAGAGCAAGAACAAGAGCUGCAAAGGUGGGUAAAGGCUUGUCAAAAGACGAGAAAGCUAGGAAGUUGGCUUUGCAGCACUGGCUUGAGGCAAUUGAUCCUCGACAUCGCUAUGGCCACAAUCUGCAAUUCUAUUAUCAUGCCUGGCUCCACUGUGACAGUAAACAGCCCUUUUUUUAUUGGCUUGACAUAGGACAAGGAAAAGAAUUGAACCACGAAAGAUGUCCAAGGUCAAAACUUUACCAACAAAGCAUCAAAUACCUUGGUCCGACUGAAAGGGAGGCAUAUGAAGUGGUAAUCGACAAUAGGAAACUAAUCUAUAAGCAUAGUGGGAUAGUUCUCGACACAAAAGAAGGUCCUCCAGAUGCAAAGUGGAUUUUUGUUUUAAGUGUAUCUAAGAUAUUGUAUGCUGGAAUGAAGAGAAAGGGUAACUUUCAACAUUCGAGUUUUCUAGCCGGUGGAGCUACAUUAUCUGCCGGAAGAAUUGUUGUUGACGAUGGUGUUCUUAAGGCAGUCUGGCCUCAUAGUGGGCAUUAUCUUCCAACAGAAGAGAAUUUUCAGGCGUUCAUGUCGUUUCUCAGGGAGAACAAUGUAGACCUCACCAGUGUAAAGAAGAGUCCAGAUGAAGAAGAUGGAGAAGCUCAUUCUAAGGUCAAGAGAAUGCCUUCAAGAAUCAAAGCAUCCGAGGGAGACGGAGAAGCUCAUGCUAAGGUCAAGAGAAUGCAUUCAAGAAUCAAAGAAACUGAAGAAGAACCAUUUGACUUUGUGGACGCUGAGACCGGUCUAAGUCCGAACACUAAACCCAACAAUCAGCCAGAGCUACCAACGUUAACAAGGUUCCAUUCAAAACUUUCAAGCCAGGAGAUUCCAAAUGAAGACAACAACGAGAUCGAGGAUGAUCAGGAUGAUGAAGAAGAACCUGAAACCCCUUCACAAGGGUAUGAGACAGCUGAAGAGAUAUUCAUAGCCGAGGAAGAGUUCACAUACCCGAAAUCGAAUCUGUUCGAUGAAGACAUUGAAGAAUACGAGAAGCCUGUCCUGAAGGAGAAGAUAAUGAAACGUAUAGAUUCACACAAAGGAAUCAAAUCUUACCAGUUAGCGCAGCGACUACAUUCAAGAUGGAGUACAGGUGCAGGACCUAGAAUCAGUUGUAUGAGAGAUUACCCUUCAGAGCUCCAAUUUAGGGUUCUUGAGCAAGCUCAACUAUCUCCAAGAGCUUCAAGCUCCUCUAACCUAUCUCCUUUUGCCCCGGUUAGGACACGAGGAACGAGUCUUGGGAGAAGUCCUUUGGCUGAAGAGCUUGAGAUGCUUUAG